AAGAAGUCGCAGGUUGGCUGCCUUGCUCCACACUUUCUUGCCCCGAGAUCGCUUCCUCGCGAUCGCACGGUCGUUCCUGCAUAGGCUCUCGUGUCUCCAUUCAUCUCCCACGAUUCUCAACGACCUUUGAAACGCCGAAAUCGGUGCAGAAACGCGCGCGGAAGGGGAGGUUCUACCACGCCGUCGGACGCUUGGCCCUUGACGAGGUUGUUCCUUUUUUUGCCUUCGAGAAUGCUGGGUUUGGUGUUCCCGGUGACGUGCAAACUGGUUUGAAGGUUUUCUUGUGAAAGAGCUUGUGCAGAUUGGGGGUGUGUUGUCUAUGUCCCAGCUGAUCGCUAGAAGAACAAAGUUAAAAUUUGUUUUGGGAAGGGAAGCUUGGCUUGGUGAUUGUCAGGGUUGGGGCGGCUCCUGCUUAAGUUCGUUACUGGGUUUGUCUCUUGGUUCCCAUUUGGUUCGAAAUUACCUACAAUUGGGUGAAGCUUCAAUUUGGGGGGUUAUCUACCCGAGGUUUAACAGGGUGGCUCUUCAGCUUAUGGGGCUUCUGGAUCGUCUUGUUGGUUCUGGUCACGCAUUCUGAAGAAAGACCAUGACCUACUAUUGUUGGGUUUUGUAGUUUAAGUGAAGAAGGGAAGGACGUCAGAGUGUUGGAGAGGUUAGCAUGCAGAAGUACAGGUUUUAUCUGGCUUGGAGCAAGCCUGCGGUCUCGUAGGGCGUUGUGCACCCCUCCGUACCCCCCUGCCCUGGCUGUUUGGUCAACUGAGGCAUCAAUAAGAGUUGAAAUUAUGAACACCGUAGUGCGUAGGUGCUGUCAACUCAGGGAUGAAACUAUGGUUGGAUCAUUUUAAGGAUAGAGGGCAGUAGAUAGGGUCACGUAAAGGGGUCAGAUGGAGCAAACAAGAAGUUGGUUCAAUCGGUUCCAACCAAGGGGUGACAGGUUGAAGAGUAAUGAGUCCAAAAAAAAUGGCUCGGGAUCAGACAGUGGCAAGGAUCUUCUGAGGACUGCUGGAUCAGACCAGGAUGUAGGCGAUGAAUUACCCUCAAGUAUCACCAGGCAGAAAGUAGCAGCUGCGAAGCAGUAUAUAGAGAACCACUACAAAUCGCAGAUGAAGAAUUUGCAAGAACGGAAACUACGACGGUGGUCAUUAGAGCGCAAGCUGGCAGAUGCCGACGUUACAGAAGAGGAGCAGAAUAAUCUUUUGAAGGAUUUGGAGAGGAAAGAAACCGAGUACAUGCGUUUGCAGCGUCAUAAAAUGGGAGUGGAAGAUUUUGAAUUGCUAACCAUCAUCGGGCGUGGCGCAUUUGGGGAGGUGAGGUUAUGCCGAGAGAAAUCAAGUACAACUGUGUAUGCCAUGAAGAAGCUGAAGAAGUCCGAGAUGCUUCGGAGAGGCCAGGUGGAGCAUGUAAAGGCAGAGAGAAAUUUGCUUGCAGAGGUUGACAGUAACUGCAUAGUGAAGUUAUAUUGCUCCUUUCAAGACGAGAAGUACUUGUACUUGAUUAUGGAAUACUUACCAGGGGGAGACAUGAUGACACUCCUCAUGCGUAAGGACACACUCACGGAAGACGAAUCCAGAUUUUAUGUUGGACAAUGUGUUCUGGCUAUCGAGUCAAUUCACAAACACAACUACAUUCAUAGAGAUAUCAAACCGGACAACUUGCUGUUAGAUAAGAAUGGGCACAUGAAGUUAUCUGAUUUUGGCCUCUGUAAGCCUUUGGACUGCUCCAACUUGCCUGCCUUACAAGAGUACGAUCAAUCUGGCGACAUUGGCAGGGAUCCCGCCGAUCCCAGGCAGUACAGAUCUGCAUCUCCCCUGCCGAGGCGAACACAGCAGGAGCAGCUCCUUCACUGGCAAAGAAAUAGACGUAUGCUGGCGUAUUCGACAGUCGGCACUCCAGACUAUAUCGCUCCGGAAGUACUGUUGAAGAAGGGUUAUGGGAUGGAGUGUGACUGGUGGUCAUUGGGAGCAAUCAUGUACGAGAUGCUGGUUGGGUACCCUCCAUUUUACUCCGAUGAACCUAUGACAACAUGUCGCAAGAUCGUGAACUGGAGAAACAACUUGAAAUUCCCGGACGAAGCGAAGCUAACACCAGAAGCGAAAGAUCUUAUCAGUAGAUUGCUUUGUGACGUGGAGCACCGCCUUGGCACCAGGGGUGUUGCUGAGAUUAAGAACCAUCCAUGGUUCAAAAACCAUGGAUUACCUUGGGAUAAGCUGUAUGAGAUGGAUGCAGCUUUUAAACCUGAGGUGAAAGAUGAGCUGGACACUCAGAAUUUUGAGAAGUUCGAAGAGAGCGAUUCCCAGAUACCAUCAUCCACAAGAUCAGGACCAUGGAGAAAGAUGCUGUCGUCAAAGGACGUGAACUUUGUAGGGUACACGUACAAGAAUUUCGAGAUUGUCCAGGAUGCAAAUGUUCCGGGCAUCGCGGAGUUGAAGAAGAAAGGAAAGUCAAAGAGGCCAUCCAUCAAGACACUCUUCGAUUCAAAUGGAGGCCCUAAUGGCCACAUUCAAGGCAGCUUUCUCUGCCACCUGCCUACGCCUAUUGAGAUUUCGGAGAGUCCUGAAACUUCACCAUCUGGCAGCAUUUCAUCACCACUCCAUCCGAACUCGACCUACUACAAGCCACCACCACCGAUGUAUCCAUAUCAAAGUCAUGCUCGAUAAAUAGCCUUAUGCCUCUCCUUCAUUCAUUUCAAAGUAUUGUGCGAUUGUCAGGAACCCAGUAACAUGUCUGCAUGCCUACUUGACACUGAGGUUUGCGGUUCUAUAUUUCGUCCCAAAGGGCUCACCAUAGGAUCGACACAAUGAUGUACUUAAGACUUAAUGGAUAUGACACAAGUGGGUUGAGUGUAAAUGGUCUGCAUUUAGAUACACUUUUCUUUUUCUUUUUCUUUUUUUCAAUUUUUUAAACUCGGGUUGAUUCAUUUAAAAGCGGUGUCUACCUUUGAAGUUGGUCAGGACCAUAAAAUAAAGUGAAUUAGAAUAUAGUUUUGUAGGCGCUGGUAUGCGACCAUACUUAUCUUCCGUUUGAAGUAAAUUUGUGCAUAACUCUUUCAAAAAGCUUGUAUCAUGGUCCUCGCUUAUUUUUUCUUCCUAAAUUGGUCACAUGAUCGUGGGAAAUUACGUAUUGUGAUCCAGAUUCAAAAUC